AUGAAGAAAGACGAACGACCUCAUUAUUUUCAUCUUUUUCGGGCAGCCGAACUACGUGUACGAAACAUUAUGCUGUUCAUCAUUUGGAUCGCCACCGCACUUGUCUACUACGGACUUGUCAUCGCCCUAUCAGAUCAGUCUUCGCCUGGAAGAUCGGUAUUCGAUGGUAAUUUCUUCCUGAACAAUGCGAUAGCUGGAGCUAUUGAACUGCCAACGUUAGCUGCUUGUGUGUUCCUGCUGAAAUAUGGAAGAAAAAGCUCACAAAUGAUCACAUUAAUUGGUGCGGGAUCGCUUUUGAUGGCAGCAAUGCUGGCAAUGUACAACAAGCGAACAACGAUGGCGCUGAUCUUCAUGUUGCUCGGCAAAGUCUGUAUACAAGGAGCCUUCAAUAUUCUUUAUAUUUUCACCUCUGAAUUGAAUCCGACUAACAGUGCUGUAGGAAUCUCCUCAAUGAUUGCACGGAUGGGUGCCGGUGCUUCUGGAUACAUUGCCAUAUUGUCUGAUGUCACGCUUCCUAUUGUUCCAAUGCUCAUUUUCGCUGUGUUCUCUCUGUGCGCUGGAAUUCUCGUGAUAUUCCUUCCCGAAACACAGGACGUUCCACUGCCGGGAUACCAUUUGGGAUGCCGUACGUGA